GCGAUGGAGCUCUCGGCAGACAGGCUGGCUAGGGCGGCGGCCCAGGGCCGCGAACACGAGGUUCGGGCUCUGUUGGAAGCAGGGGCCUUGCCCAACGUUCCGAACUGUUUCGGUCGCACCCCGAUUCAGGUGAUGAUGAUGGGCAACGCCCAAGUAGCCAGAUUGCUGCUGCUCUACGGUGCGGAGCCGAACUGCGAGGAUCCAGCCACCCUCUCCCGCCCCGUGCACGAUGCAGCGCGGGAGGGCUUCUUGGACACUCUGGUAGUACUGCACCAGGCGGGAGCGCGGCUGGAUGUGCGUGACGCCUGGGGUCGCCUGCCGAUAGAUCUGGCCCUGGAACGGGGUCAUCGCGAUGUCGUGCGUUAUCUGCGUGCAGCUCAGAACGACCCCCAAGGCAACGGGCCAGCAAGCCUAACUUCUGCUCAAGCACCCCCAGACCAACCCUAAAGUCUGGCUAAGUUCCUCAUCUCACCCGCCCAGUUCUCAUCCUUGGAUCCACGUCUGGAAAAAGAACGGCGCUUGGCUGGUCCCGAUUCGCGUCUGUGAUUCUAGCGUGUGGAAGGC